AUGAAAAGCGCCGCCAAGCACUGCAAACAUAUGCUAAAGCUGAUGGGAAUGACCCCAAAUGUCAAAGGUCCCGGGGCUCAGUCUCUCUGGGAAUCGACAGACGAAAACACUCACUCCAGUCAAGAGGGAGAGUGCUUCUGCGAGGUACCACCCAGCCCCAAUUUCAUUACUCGCACGCGUCCAACCCAAGUCAAUCACACUUUGGAGGAUAGGCAACAUGGCAGAGAUAGCGAGCUGGGAGAAGACACCUCCUCGCAGAGUCCUCAUUUUGUUACCUCCACCGCCGGUGUCAAACAAAGCGAAGGCAGCGCCAAUAGCGGAAAAAAGAUUGAGCCCCCAGUACUCCCGCUGGAUGAAGGGCCUGCAAUAAAAUGCGUAAUAUGUCAUGGAUGUACCAGCUUCAAGGGCGAGGAAGCAGAUUCCGAGGAUAUCCAGUCUGCCCCAGAGAUGGUGGAUAUUGUAAGAGUGGCUUCUUAG